AUGUGCAAAAUCUCCCUACUGUUGGCCGUGCUGGUGGCGUGUGUUCGCGGUGCACGGAUCGAGAAGCAGGUGGCGUACGAAACGGUGGUCAAACACGAAGACCCCCACGCCGGCCAGCAUCAGUUCGAGCCGGUCGACGCGGGCAAAGCGUUGGCCUACGAUCACGAAGAGCGGGCUCAGGAUUACUACGCCUACCCAAAGUAUCAGUUCGAGUACGGUGUCAAGGAUCCGGUAACGGGCGAUCACAAGAGCCAGUGGGAGAUGCGCGACGGCGACAUCGUGAAGGGAUCGUACACGCUCGAUGAGCCGGACGGUACGCAGCGCAUCGUCGAGUACCGGGCCGACGACGUGAACGGAUUUCAGGCGAUCGUAAAGAAGAUCACGAAGGGUAAACCGGGCCACGGGGAGGAGCAGAAGGCCGGCGAUGAAGCGGCAUCGGAGGGUAAGGUCGGCCAAAGCUACAGCAAGCUGAAGAAGUUCAGCUGA